GACGUCUACCAUUGUAAACAUUCCAGAGAGGAGAACAGGAGACUCGAGAGAGGAGUCAGUCAGUGUAGGAGGUGACCUGAGAGCUAACGUACGGUAGUAACUGCUUCUAUGACGAACGUUCUAAAGUACAAGAAUUGGUACCGAAUGGAAGGGGGGGACGACACAGACCAUUUCAGGGACCUGGAGCUGCUGAGAGAGAGAUGUAGUGCCUUGAAUAGAAAUCGAGGUAAGAAUGGGAACAGUGAUGAUGGAGCUGGAUCAACCAAACCGUCCCCGGUGUGUACCAUAAAGGACCACACUAAUGAUGUCACCAGUGUGGAUUUUGCUGGCAGGUCAUUACUUGCCACUGGCUCAUCAGACAAAAGUGUACGGGUUUUUAAAUGGCAAGUUGGGGACCAGUUUGUUGAAGUUGGUUACUCCCCGCUCUUGGGACACACCUAUGCAGUCAACUGUGUGAAUUUCUCUCCCUAUGGAACAAAACUGGCUUCUGCUUCAACUGAUGGCUCAACAAUCAUCUGGGACGUGAAGACUGGAGACCGCUUGUGCACACUACAGCCACCAAGUGAUGCUGCAGUGCGAGUGUGUGCUUUCUCUCCAAACUCCGCUUUGUUGGCUGCAGGAGGAGAUGAUGACAUGGCUGGUAUAUGGGAUGUGUCUACUCUAUCACUGCUCAGAAACCGGCAAUGCCCUGAAAAAUGUUUGCUCAGGCGCAUGUGUGGGGACGAGUCUACAGUGACCAGUGUGGGCUUCACGCCAGAUAGUUGUUAUCUUGCGACUGGUAGUAGUGGGGGUGAAUUGCGAGUGUGGGACGCUCGUUAUGGUCACUCUGUACCCCUUGCCAUGAAGGCUGAGGCUCAUGACUUAGGGGUGUCUUCACUUCACUUUAGCCCAGUGGUUGGAAAGGAGGAGAUCAGUGCAUUAGGCAAACAGUACCUGCUAGCUUCAGGUGGGCAGGACACAGAGCUACACUUGUGGGUGGUUGAGAUUGAGAGCCAAAUAUUGGGUGGAGACAACACACCCAUUAUUGCACUUCAUCAUAGUUUAUGUGGCCAUAGUGCUCCAAUCAUGUCAGUCAGGUUCAAUGCGAAUGGACUGAUUCUGGCAUCUGCCUCUGGAGAUAAAACUGUCAGAUUAUGGGACACAAUAAAAUUAACACCGCUUGCAGUUUUAGAAGGCCACAAGCGAUAUGUAACCUCAUGUGCCUUUAGUGACGACGGAGCUCUAGUUGCUGCAGGGAGUGGCGAUCGUGUUGUCCAUGUGUGGCGAGUAGAUGGUGCUACAAGCUCAGUUAAUCAAAUACCUGGAAAGUCUGUUGGCAAAAAGAAGCUGAUGGUUAGGUUUCCUUCACAGAGAUUCCGAGAGAAUGUGAAGCUUGUUGAGUGGAACUGUGAGGAUGUAUGUGGCUGGCUUGUUGAACAAGGGCUAGCAGAAUAUUCACACAAUUUUCGUUCACAUGCCAUUGAUGGCCGAGAAUUGCUGACAGUGACAGAUGAAAUCCUUGAAGAAAAGCUUGGUGUUGAUGCUCUAGGUCAUCGCAACAGAAUUCUCCGACUGGUUCGGAAAUCGUCUCAAGAUUCUCUGACCAAAAAGGAGGCCCCAAAUGCACCACCUUCGGAGUAUCUCUGUCCGAUUACACAGGAAUUAAUAAGUGAUCCUGUUCUCUGUGCAGAUGGAUUUACCUAUGAACGGGUGGCAAUGGAGGCUUGGCUUGCCAGUGGUAAACGUACAAGCCCAAUGACCAAUGAGAAGUUAACACACCUCACCCUCACUCCCAACCGUACACUACGGACAUUAAUACAGAGUUAUGGAGGUUCAGCCACAACGUCAUGUGAGGCUACCUCGGACGAGAGCUAAUCGACCUGAGGUGAUAACGAGUCGCGGCAGGAUUAUUGGAUAUCAUGAGGCAGGGAAGGGGAUACGGGAGAUUAGUCGCCUUCUUGGAAUCUCCAGGGAUACAGUUAGGCCCCGACCAGGAAGACCAAGAGUCACCACACCAGUGGCAGAUCAACAGAUUCAAAGGGCAGCAAGGCGAGCACAAACUGACAACUGCCGUGCGUAUGACGAGGGAAACAGGAGUUCAGUGUCACUCGAUAAGUACCAGGAGGCAAAUACGGGAGACUGGCUAACAAUGUUUCAUCCCAGCAUGUAAGGAAACCUUAACAGAGGCACACAGAGAAGCACGUAAAAGGUUUGCUGAGGCGUAUGCGGGAGUCAAUUUUUGGAGGUCCGUCAUUUUCACCGAUGAAAAAUGUUUCUCAUCUGUCACAGCAGUCGGUCGCCAGUGUUGGCGAUUACGUAAUACAAGAUAUGCUCGAAGACACAUCCAUGAGACAUCGACAAGCGGUCGUGUGACAACCUCCAUGCAUGGAUGGAUGUGGUGGGGAGGUGUUGGUGAACUGACGGACAUUGCGGGACACAUGAAUGCAGACCAGUAUAUAAAUAUUCUAGAGACAUCCUUUCUACCAUCGGUGCGAGCAUAUGCCAUCCCAGACCCACAGCCUAUAUGUACAGUAUGGUGCAAGACCGCAGUCCAAUACAUACAAGUCGGGC